GUGUGUUUAUAAGACGUCAAUACAGACAUUUCUUGUGUGUCGUCCUGCCGGCUUCUACGGAAGCCCGACAUGGACAUCUCAGCGGGAGUGCCAUCCCGUGUCCAAAUGGCAUCCACAAUCUCUGGAGGAGAGCCAGGUAGCUGGAAGGAGUUAGAGCAGCAGCGUCUGCAGCUGCAGAAGAGGGUGGAGGAUAAUGACAGGAGAACGCUGGAGCUGCAGAACGCUCUCAAUGCCCUAAAUAGGAGGACUCUGAACCAGCAUGAGGAGAGGAGGACCAGAGGAGCUCCUACAAACCCAGUUACACAGGUAGAGAGGAAGGAGGCAGGAGAAACAACCUCCAGGGCCCAGCAGAAGGAGAGCAGUGCAGGAGUACAGAUCAGUGCGACUCCGAAGGAGGAAGGGAGAGCAGGAGAGAGCGCAUCGCCGCAGGAUGAUGUAGUAACUGUGUAUAGGCUCUGCCAAAAUUGCAUAAGGAGACUGCUUCAGGAAGAAAGGGGACAAUUCCAGAAGCUCUUGCAGAAACAGCAAACAAUGUUCAAGGAGCUGCUGAGGGAGGAGAGGGAAACUCUGCUUAAACUGUUUGAUGAGGAAAGGACACAGCUUAUGAAGGAGAUGAAAACAGCAUGGGAAAAUGGACAACACCAAGGAGUGAAGAUAGUGUUUAGGAGGUCAGAAAAAAGCAGUGUGAACAACACAGACAGUGACACAGACUUGAGCAAGGACUGGUUUGAUGAGGAAGAAAAGAAAAUAAUCGUAGAGGCAGAGAGGAAGCUCAAGGCGCUGAAGGAGAGAAGGUACAGAAAGCAAGAGGAGGGUAAAAUAAUCGAGGAAGAAGGCAAGGUGAUGAGGCAACAUAUCAUUGAAGGAGAAAAUGAGGAGGAAGUGGCAGCUGGACGGACAGAGAGAGAGAAACCAAAGGCCCUCGUCAAAGACCUGGAGGACAUAAAGCAACAGGAAGAGAUCAGAACAGAAGAGCUCCAAGAAGCAGUGAUGGAGUUUGUGAGGAGGAAGACUGAGCAACUCGACAAGAACACCGAAAGUGAAUCUGAUUCGAACGAAGAGUAUGUUGCAGAGGAAGAAAAGCAAAUAAUCUUGGAAGCAGAGAGCAAACUCAAGGCAGAGGAGGCGAGGAAAGAAGCGGAAGAGAGGGAAAUAAGUGAGGAAAAAGUCAAGGAGAGGACGCUUGAUAUGGCCGAAGAACUGAAGAGCGACACAGACUCUGACGCAGAGGAGUCCUUGUUCAGUGAAGAGGACACAAAUGUACUUCUGCAUACACUUGACGAAAUGGAUAAGACAAAGAAAGAAGAUGAAGGAUUCAGGAAGAUCACUGAGGAAGAGAAUGAGGAGGUGGCCAGUGAAUGCAAGGACAAAGAGCAACCCCAGGUCCCUAUCAAAGACCUGGAGAAGAGAAAACAUCAGGAAGAGAUCAGAGAAGAAGAGCUCAAAAAAGCGGCAAUGGAGUUUGUGAGGAGGAAGACACAGGACACAGAGGACACAGAAAGUGAAAGUGAUUCAGACGAGGACUAUUUUGAUGAGGAGGAAAAGUUAAUGAUGCUAGAGGCAGAGCGCAAACUUAAGGCAGAGGAGGAGAGGAAAGAACUGGAGGAGAGGGAAAUAAGUGAGGAAAAAGCCGAGAGGACGCUUGAUAUGGCCGAAGAACUGAAGAGUGACACAGACGCUGACUCUGAGGAGUUCUUGUUUGGUGAUGAGGAGACAGAUAUGAUUUUGCAGUCGCUCGGUGGGCUUGGUGAGAUGGAUAAGACAAAGAAUGAAGAUGUAGAGUUCAGGAAGAUCACUGAGGAAGAGAAUAAGGAAGUGGCCAGUGAAUGCAAGGACAAAGAAAAACCAAAGGCCCUUAUCCAAGACCUGGAGGACAAACAGCAACAGGAAGAGAUCAGAAAAGAGGAGCUCCGAAAAGCGGCAAUGGAGUUUGUGAAGAGAAAGACUGAGCCAGCUGACGAGUACACAGAAAGUGAAAGUGAUUCGGACGAAGACUAUUUUGACGACGAGGAAAAGCAAAUCAUCUUAGAGGCAGAGCGCAAACUCAAGGCAAUAAGGGAAAUAAGUGAAGAAAAAAUCAAGGAGAGGACGUUUGAUAUGACCGAAGAACUGAAGAGUGACAUAGACUCGGACUCGGAGGAGUCCUUGUUUGGUGAUGAGGAGACAGAUAUGAUUUUGCAGUCACUUGACGAGAUGGAUAAGACGAAGAAGGAAGCUGUAUUUAAGAAGAUCACUGAGGAAGAGAAUGAGGAGGUGGUCAGUGAAUGCAAGGACGAAGAGCAACCCCAGAUCCCUAUCAAAGACCUGGAAAAGAGAAAGUCUGGCAAGGAAACAGUUAACUUCACUCCUGUUGACAUCAAGAGAAUAGAAAGAGAGGAGAAAGACAGAGACAACAGCAACAACAACAACAACAACAACAAGGAAGAGAGCAAGACAGAUGAGAAUCCAAAAGAGCAGAUCCAGAAAGUGGCCAUGAAGUUCACUGAAGAACUGAACAGAGACACAAGCUUGGACUCGGAGGAGUCCUUGUUCAGUGAUGAGGACACAGAUAUUCUGCAGACAAAGAAGGAAGAUGUAGGAUUCAGGAAGAUUUCUGAGGAAGAAAAUGAGGAGGUGGCCAGUGAAUGCAAGGAUAAAGAGAAGCCAAAGGUCCUCAUCCAAGACCUGGAGGACAAACAGCAACAGGAAGAGAUCAGAAAAGAAGAGCUCCGAAAAGCGGCGAUGGAGUUUGUGAAGAGGAAGACUGAGCCAGCUGACGAGUACACAGAAAGUGAAAGUGAUUCGGACGAAGAUUAUUUUGACGAGGAGGAAAGGCAAAUGAUCCUAGAGGUAGAGAGCAAACUUAAGGCAGAGAAGGAAAGAAAAGAACACAAGGGGAGGAAAGUAGAUGAGGAAAAAGCCAAGGAGAGGAUGUUUGUUAUGGCCGAAGAACUGAAGAGUGACACAGACGCUGACUCGGAGUCCUUGUUUGGUGAUGAGGAGACAGAUAUGAUUUUGCAGUCGCUUGGCGGGCUUGGCGAGAUGGAUAAGACAAAGAAUGAAGAUGUAGAGUUCAGGAAGAUCACUGAGGAAGGCAAUAAGGAAGUGGCCAGUGAAUGCAAGGACAAAGAAAAACCAAAGGCCCUUAUCCAAGACCUGGAGGUCAAACAGCAACAGGAAGUGAUCAGAAAAGAGGAGCUCCGAAAAGCGGCGAUGGAGUUUGUGAGGAGGAAGACUGAGCCAGCUGAUGAGUACACAGAAAGUGAAAGUGAUUCGGACGAAGACUAUUUUGACGAAGAGGAAAGGCAAAUGAUCCUAGAGGCAGAGAGCAAACUUAAGGCAGAGAAGGAAAGAAAAGAACACAAGGAGAGGAAAAUAGAUGAGGAAAAAGCCAAGGAGAGGACACUUGACACGUCCGAAGAACUGAAGAGUCACACAGACUCGGACUCGGAGGAGUCCUUGUUCGGUGAUGAGGACACAGAUGUGAUUUUGCAGUCGCUUAAGAUGGAUAAGACAAAGAAGGAAGAUGUAGGAUUGAGGAAGAUCACUGAGGAAGAGAUCAGAAAAGAGGAGCUCCAAAAAGCGGCGAUGGAGUUCGUGAGGAGGAAGACUAAGCCAGCUGAUGAGGACACAGACAGUGAAAGUGAUUCAGACGAGGACUAUUUUGACGAGGAGGAAAAGUUAAUGAUCAUAGAGGCAGAGCGCAAACUUAAGGCAGAGGAGGAGAGGAAAGAACUGGAGGAGAGGGAAAUAAGUGAGGAAAAAGCCGAGAGGAUGCUUGAUAUGGCCGAAGAACUGAAGAGUGACACAGACGCUGACUCGGAGGAGUUCUUGUUCAGUGAUGAGAUGGAUAAGACAAAGAAGGAAGAUGAGUUCAGGAAGAUCACUGUGGAAGAGAAUAAGCAAGUGGCCAGUGAAUGCAAGGACAAAGAAAAACCAAAGGCCCUUAUCAAAGACCUGGAGGAGCUAAAUGAAGAGGAAGAGAUCAGAAAAGAAGAACUCCGAAAAGUGGCUAUGGAAUUUGUGAGGAGGAAGACUGAGGAAGCUGACGAGGACACAGAAAGUGAAAGUGAUUCGGACGAGGACUAUUUUGAUGAGGAGGAAAAGCUAAUGGUCUUUGAGGCAGAGAGCAAACUUAAGGCGGAGAGGGAGAGCAGACAACUGAAAGAACUGGAGGAGAAGAAAAUGUGCUUGGAAAAAGCCAAGGGGAAAACUGUUGAUAUGGCCAAAGAACUGAGGGAUCAGAAAGUGUUCAUGGCGAUGGAAGGUGAAAAGACAGUCGCAAUCAGAGCCAUGUGUAAAGAGCAGGAGUGCCCGGAGACAGGCUUUGAUUCAGAGAAUGACACAGGCUCGGAUUCGGAGGAGUUCUUGUUCAGUGAUGACGACACAGAUAUGAUCUUGAGGUCGCUUGAUGAUAUGGACAAGAGAAAGAAGGACGAUUCAGGAUUCAGGAAGAGGGGCAUGGAGCAGACAGUGUAGGACUGACAGAGAGGGAAAUGAUGGAUGUAUGAGACAUGGACAGAAGCAGAUGGACAAAAUCAAGAAGAGGCUGUAACUGAACACAUACAUUUAUUUUCUUAACAUAUCAUAAAUAUAGAUAUACAAUAAAUGCAUCAAAAAUAUGCAUUCACAAUAUUUUAUUAAAAUGUAUUCAAUAAAUAUGUUCCUGGCAUGC